GGUGAAUGCUUAAGCUGACCUCCAUCUGCUCGCGCUCUGAGCCACCCCUUUCCAGCGCUAACACAUCAAAGCGGGCAUCAAAAUGGACGCGCAGGUGGACCGCUUAGUAAAGGAGGCUCUCAGAGCGCUGGACGAGUCGAAUGGGAAACGCGUUCUCAUUGGACUUUCUGGCAUUCCUGGAUCAGGCAAGUCCUCUCUUGCGCGAGCGGUGAUUGCCGAGAUCAGCCGAAUGAUGCCAAUUUCGGCUAUGGUCGUACCGAUGGACGGCUGGCACUUGCCAAAAUCCGCCUUGGAUGCAAUGCCUGAGCCAAAAGAGGCCUACGCUCGGCGUGGCGCGGAGUGGACAUUCGAUGGCGAGGCCUUUGCCGACUUUGUAGAGGCGUUGCGCUCCGCAAAAUCCUCCCUGUAUGCGCCCACAUUCAGUCAUUCCACAGCCGAUCCAGUGCCGCACUCUUUGGAGGUGCCACUAAGCGUGAGAUUGGUGCUCCUCGAAGGUCUGUACUGCAAUCUUUCGGAGCCACCGUGGGAACGUGGCGCGAAGGCACUAGACCUUAGGUGGGUGGUGGACAUCGACGAAGCGGAAGCAGAAAAAAGGUUGGUCGCGCGACAUGUUGCCACUGGUGUGGCAAAAGACAGGGAUGAAGCUUCUUGGAGAGCCCGUAACAACGACUUGCCCAAUGGAGUCUUUCUGAUGCGGCACGUCUUGCAGCCCGCACGGCACAUCGCAAGCCUGGACGAUCCCAGAUGGGAAGGUCAAGAAUGAAAUGAUUAGGCCG